CAAAUAAAUUUACAAAAACUAACCAACUUGUUUCAAUUCUCCAUUUCAUUGGCCUUAGAAUCUCUCCCAGGACUAGAUAAUUUUACAUCCUGUUAGAGGUUGAUUAGCCAUGGCUUCAGCUUCCUCCACUUCGCUAUCAAUCUCUUCCUCAUCUACCCUUGUGGAUGCCAAGGCUCCUCGUCAACCAACUGCUGCAUCUCCACAAUGUGUGACUCUUCCUACUCUUCCUCCCCCACCCGUUCAGUCCCAGAAUCGUCCCUGGAAGACCACUGCUUACUGUCGCAAGAUUGCUCGAAAUGUGAUGGCUAUGGCCACUGGUGAGGCUAUGGCCACAACUGAGGCUCCAGUGGAAGUUGCAACGGCUGAGCUGCCAGAGAUUGUCAAGACAGUUCAAGAAGCCUGGGAUAAAGUUGAGGACAAAUAUGCUGUGAGUUCACUUGCUGUCGCAGGUGUGGUUGCCCUCUGGGGCUCUACUGGAAUGAUCUCGGCAAUUGAUAGGCUCCCUCUGAUUCCUGGCCUUCUGGAGCUCGUCGGUAUUGGCUACAGUGGGUGGUUUGCAUACAAGAACCUUAUUUUCAGGCCAGACAGGGAAGCUCUGGUACAGAAAAUUAAAGACACGUACAAAGAAAUAAUUGGGAGCAGCUAGAGGAAACUGGUUAAGGAUGCUGCAGAGAUGAGGUGAACACUUGAAAUCUAAAGCCAGUACUGGCAGCAUCAACAUGUUACCUUGCUUCAUUUUGUUAGCACAAGUGCUAACCAGAGUAAACCAAUAUGAUGUAGUUUUGUCAUGGGCAAUUGAGAUACAUGCAUAUUUUUAUUUUCCCAUCUGUAGCAUACUGUCUGAUGCUAAUAAUCAGCUUCUUUUGUCACCGAAAACACAAGAACUACAUUGACUGUCUAA